AUGCACUUCUUAUCACAGUUCAAUCUAUUACCACUAUUGUUUGUUACUAUUCUAUGCAGUAAAACACUGUAUGGAUGCGAUAAAAAUAAUGAACAAGAUCUAGUAAAAUACAAUUCAUUCAUCGCUGUAUCAGUUAGAUAUGAUUGUCAACACAAAAAUGAACCAAAUACGCAUUGUUGCAGUGGAACAAUUUUGACGGAAUCAUAUAUUCUAACAGCAGCUAAUUGUGUUGAUAGUUUUUCCAGUCGUCUGUCAUCAGUUGAUCUGACAAUUGCUGCUGGGAUCUAUAAUCGAUUGAAAUCAAAUGAAGUCAUUCGAAAAGUUGAUCAAAUUGUUAUUCAUUCAAAAUGGAUCAACGAUCGACAUGGUCGAAAGCACAACAUUGCUCUUCUGCAUUUAUCAACUCCGUUAGAUUUUACUUCAGAUAAAUGUAUUGCUCGAAUAUAUCGACCAGCCGACUUUAAUUCGCUGAAAAAUGUUUUAGAAUAUCCAUCUAGUAGCAUACCACUAUCGGGUAUCUCAUGGGAAAGACAACAUAUUAGCGCUGCAACAUCUUUUGGUGUGAAACAGUUUGAGAUAUCGUUAGUGGAUUAUAAUGAUCCAAUAUGUUAUAGAUUGGUUUCGAAUAUCGAACAACAAUUCUGUACUAGAUUAUAUCCUGAUAGCCAAGAUGCAUCUGGAGAGCCUAUUUUACAAUGGAUUGAAAAUCGUUGGAUGCAGGUUGGUCUAUUAAGCUCUGUUGUAGAUACAGCAGAUGGAAAUUGCCUGAGAAUUUAUACUAGAUUGGCAUACUAUCAAGAAUGGAUAGAAUCAAUUGUAAAUUCGAAAAAUCUUAAAUCUUCAAAUAUUGCAAAUGCUCCUAUGAUCUAUGAAUGUAAUCCAACUACUACAGAAUGUGGUUGUAGUAGAGAAAAUGUUGCAUUGUCAUCGGCAAAAAUUUUCGGUGGCGAAGAAGCAGUUCCAUUUAGCUGGUCAAUGAUUGUGUCUGUUCGUUUGAACAAUUCUGAAGAACAUUCAUGUAGUGGAACAAUUCUUACUGCAUAUUAUAUCUUAACAUCAGCAGAUUGUGUAGAUGGCGCAUCUGACUUCGAAGUAUCUAUUGCUGCCGGUAUUCAUGAUCGAAUCACUGACUUUGCAAUGAUUCGUUACCCACAUGAAAUAUAUAUACAUCCUCAUUGGAAUAAAAGUGACGGUACCUAUCGGAAUGAUAUUGCUAUACUACGUAUUUUCCCUCCACUAUCGAUUCCCGGUGGUUUUUCUCUUGCUCGAACAUGUAUAUCAUACACGAAUUCAAAAAAUGAAACAAUCAACUAUCCAUCAGCUGGUAGCAAUUUAGUUGUUGUUGGUUGGGGAUCAACUCGAUAUAACGAAAGUUAUUUUUCUGAUACGCUUCAUCAAGCUGGUAUAAAUAUGAUUGAUAAUAACGAUUCCAUAUGUCAAGCAGUGAUUCAUGAUGUAGAAAAACAGUUUUGUGCUGGAGCAUAUGAAAAAGGUCCAUGUCGAGGCGACUCGGGUGGUCCAAUUCUUCAAUGGAAGGGUACUUAUUGGGAACAGGUAGGUAUCACAAGUUAUGGAGGAGAUUGCCAUCAUAGUGAUGCUCUGAGUAUUUUCACAAGAUUAACUUAUUAUUUUGAUUGGAUUGAAUCGGUUAUAAAUAUUUCAUUAACUACAACUACACCAAAACCUCCACCACAACCAGUUUCGUAUGCCUGUGACAAGACACUAUCAUGUGGUUGUGGUAUGUCUGAUGUAGCUCUAAUGUCUUCUCGUAUUGUUGGCGGUGAAAAUGCGAUCAAAAAUAGUUGGCCAAUGGUUGUUUCACUUCGUUUUAACGGAACGAAUGAUCAUUCAUGUGGUGGAACAAUUUUAUCUAGCUCAUAUAUUCUUACAGCUGCUCAUUGUUUUCGUCAAAUAUCUAUCGAUGAUCCAAGAGGUAUUACCAUUGCAGCAGGCAUGUUAAAUCGAUCAGAUCCAUUACAAAUCAUACGUAAUGUUGAUCGAAUUUAUAUACAUCCAAAUUUUACAAAUUUACCAGAUGAUUAUCGUCAUGAUGUUGCCUUGUUGCAUAUUGAUCAACCAUUCGUAUUUGCAUCGAAUUCAAAUAUAACAAAAACAUGUAUUCAUCGUAUCAAUCCACUAAUACCAGUAAGUGAAAACCCAAAGAAUGGUAGUCGUCUUGCUGUGAUUGGAUGGGGUCAACUUCUCCAACAAGCACCAUUUAUUCCUGAAAUACUUCAACAAGUAGAAAUCUUCACAAUAGAUAAUCAAGAUCCGACAUGUUCAGUUUCGAUAAAUAAUACUGACUUUCUGUUCUGUAGUGGAUUAUAUGAAGGUGGAAAAGAUUCUUGCCAGGGUGAUUCAGGUGGACCAAUAUUUCAAUGGACUGGAGAGUAUUGGGAACAAGUAGGUAUUAUAUCACAUGGGAAAGGCUGUGCACUACCUGGUUUUCCAGGAGUAUAUGUUAGACUUUCUUAUUAUUACAAUUGGAUUGAAGAAAUUUUAAAACGUGAUGGUGAACAUUUAGAACCAGGAAUUCCACAAACAACGACGCCAAACACUGCGUGCACAUUUAAAUUUAAUAUGUUGAUAUUCGGAUCACUGGUUCUUUUAUUCCUAUCAUAUUGA